AUGGAAGUACCCGAGUUGCAGGUGGGUAGGAAGGUGAUGAAGGCGAUAAAGAAGAAGAGGUCGCACUGGGAGCAGACGUACAGCGUCAAAAUCGGGAAAGAUUGUUUCCUGGAAGUUAUUUCCGCUCUCAAGAAAUCCUCGUAUUCGAAUUUUGCCGACGAUGGUGUAUCAGAGAUCCGAAGAAUAGGGAAGGAAGUAAUGGAGGGAGCGUGCAAGCGGGUGGCAGAGAGGUUUAGAAAUUGCGUGUUCGAGAGACGGUUUAACGAGAGGCAAGACGAACUUUGCCGUGCGCUUGUGGAUGUGAAGGAGCUGUGUGAGGCUCUGGACGAAGAUAGCAGUGAUUGGCUGGCGCGGGCCAGGCUCGAACGUGACGAGUCGUCUCUUUUACUGGCCAAGUCCUUGGGCGAUUGGAGAAAAGUCCUUGACUCGAAAUUCUUGCCCUGGAUUUGUUGCCCGGAUGAGGUCUACAAACUGAGGAUGUUCCAAGGUAUUGCAUUGAGGCUCGAGAAGCAGCAACUGACGACCAUCUCCCCACAAGUGCGCAAAAGCAUUAUCAAUUUUCUGGAGAAAGUUAAGCUCAGGCUGUUUAAAUUAUUCAACAGGACCUUGAUGGUUGGCCCACCUCAUGUCAGGGAGGUUGUGAGCAGAAUGAGUGAUGUUCCGCUUGUUGAGUUGUCCUCUUCCACUGGUUAUUUAAAAAAAGAAGCCUGCCGCCUGACGAAGAAGAGGCUGGUGGGCCUCGACAGCACAAUCGAUGGAAUCUUUGAAGCUUUAGCAGGAUCGGGCCGAGCAGGGCCUAGGCCCAGGGGUUUAUUCCUCCUCGUGGGCCAAAGUGGGUCCGGCAUCACAGAGAUUGCCAAGGCCGUUGCACAACAUUGGUAUGGAGACGCGAGCAGGCUUGUGGAGAUUGAGAUGUGCAAGUAUUACGAUGGAAACCCCUGUAGAAUGGCAACAAGGGAUCCCGAAACCAAGGCAAACCUCGAGCUUUUCUGGAACUGUCUCUCGGAGAUCGUGAGGAAACGGCCCUAUUCUGUGAUUCUUCUGGAUGGAAUAUAUAGCGCGGGCUUUUGUGUUAAGAGACUACUCCAUGUUUUACAUGGUGAUGCACCAAAUGAAUCCUCCGGAGUUGAUUUUUCCAAGUGUAUUAUUUUCUUGGCAGCAAGACGGGGCCGUGCUGGGCUUAAGUUGAACUGUACAUGUUUCGGUAAAAGACCACAACUCGAGGAGGCAUUCGAGCGCGAUCCAACAGGAUUCGAGAGGGCCCACGACUGUUUGCCGAAAAUUUUGGAAGAUGCUCUGUCCAUUGUAUGUACUAAUUUGUUUUAUUCUUGGGUUGUUUUCCACAUGCAUUGUAAUGGACUUAUUAUUUUGCAGGGAAGACGUUUAACUGGGUCCGAGCUGUUUGAUUCUAUGGUGGAUAAAGCUUUUGCUGUGGAUGUUAGGCACAAUGAGAAGGCUGUUUGUAGAAUGCUUCUUAGGGAGAUGGUUAGAGAAGUUGGUGAGGGAAGGAUUCUCGUGCAUAUCUCAGAUGCUGCUUUGAACGCCAUGCUUUGGAAUUCACGUGCUAGUUUUUCGUUAUCAACUCCUGGAAAGGCUUUGAAAGAAACGUUGGUUGAAGAGGUCCGGCCACAGUUGGUGGCAGCCAGAGGUUGUUAUAAUAGCAAUGUUAUUGUAUAUAUCGACACUCUGAUUGGAACUGGCGAGCUGUCGUUUAGAUUUGAAGAGAACAAACGAGACCUAGCCGAUUGCUACUUCAAGCACAAGGACGGGACAUUUGUCAGCGUGGUGGCCAAUUUGAGGCUAAAACUGGAGUCAGCCUGCAAAUUGUUUGAGUUGCGCAAACAGAUUAUGUGUCAUUUGAGUCCAACCAAUGGAGACAGUGUACUGUUGGGGAGGUCCCUGCUGUACAUGUGCAAAUAUCUCUCAAAUUUUUCUCCUUUGUCUCCGAGCUUGGAGGAGGGAGUCACAACAAGAGGAAUACCAGUGACAAUAUCUAAUACGGGUGAAGAGAAGUUGAAGUUGAAGGAUAUAGUGAUGAUGAGUUUCUUAGCAAAAGCCGAUACAAGUCCUGCUGAAGCAGUUACCCGGGUCAUAAUCGAUGCCAUAUCCAAGAUGUUUGAUGCUCCACUGGAAGAUUAUAAUCGGAGUCACCUAAUUUUAUGCCCGCACGCUUAUGAUGCUAAGAGGCAACUGAUUUUAUGUCUGAGCGAAUUCCUCAAGUCGAAUUUCACGCAUGUCAAUCUAAAAAAUAACAUGAACAACAGCGGCCAUCAAAUCAAGAAAUUGCUGAUGGAGGGUGUGAAGGAGAGGCUUUUUGCUGUUUUCAUGCUCGAUGGAGUUGAGGAUUUGGAUGAUGUCCUCUACAGGAGCCUUCUCGAGAUUCUUGAUAAGGGUGAACUCGUUGAUGACAGUGGUCAACCUGUUGACUUCCGGAGAGCUAUCUUUAUCCUCGCGUCAGAGGCUGCCAACAGGCAGGCAAUUGCUGGCUUCUUUGAUUCCCCACCGCGUGAUGAGGAUACUGAUACUAAUCAGAAAAAUACGAAACGAGGUCGAUCUGAGCUGCUUCCUUGGGUUGCGAUGAAUAGGCAACCUCCAGAGAAGAGACGUAAAGUGGAGUCGCUUGCCCGGGUUGAAAUAGUUCCCCGCCAUGUUAUUAAGGAAGUGAAACACUUUAGAACGGAAUUGCUUAACCGAGUGGGUGAAAUAAUUCUUUUUAGCCCGACAAGUUCACACAAACAAGGAGACAUGCGCCGGCUUUCUAAAUGCAACAGCUUCAUCAAAUGCUCCGCAACUAAAGCUGUAUCGGUUUCGAGCAUCAUUAAAUUGUUCCAAUGUGGCGAUAGAGACGAUGGGUUUUUUGAUUAUUUACAACAGCAGUUGUCAUCAUCGCGUGUCAAAUUCCAUUUGUUGGGGAGCGCGGGAGAUAACUAUGGAGUCGAGGAGACCUGUUCAUCAUACUUCUCAAGUUAUGAAUGGCUGAAUGAGCUUUAA